AAUGGGUGCUCAGGAGGAGGAAGAGGAGGAGGACCUCAAAUCAAAUAGAUCAAGUGUCUUGAAUGCAGGAAGUACAGGAGUUCUUCCAGCGGUUGAAAUUCAAUCAUUGGUUGAAAAGGCCAAAUUUUAUACAUCAUUAUGUCUAGGCACCACUGCCUGUUUAUCUGUUUUUGCAUUUCUCUUUCUCGUUCCAUUUGUCAUUGAACCGGCAAUAACGACAAUUCUUGCCGAUUAUACACCAGAUCCUGUUGCCUGUAUGGUCACUCAUCACACUUAUGCAGAGGGACUUAAAAAUUGUUCCUGGUCCAGUUGUAGAGAAGGUUGUACGAGUGCUGCUCUUCGUUGUCAUCAAAUAAAAGUAAAUUAUUCAAAAUUAAAUUUUGAUGAUUUUAUGGCAAUACCAGUAUCAGAAAGAGAAUGGAGCAUUGCGGAUACUAAAUUUUUUGUCAAUACGGAAGGAUGUGGAUAUCCUCCAAGAGUCAAUUGUUCGGAAUUUGCCAAAAAGUAUGGAUAUAAGAAUAGAGGGAAAAUUUUUCCUUGUUACUUUAGCAGGACCAAUCCACAAACUGUUGUAGCAAGAUAUUCUUGGGAUGAUAAUUUAAAGCAUCUUGUAUUGGCUUUAACAGUGCCUGUAAUUUUAUUUGGUGUUUCAUUGGGUGUUUUGUGCUUUUGGUAUUGUCCACCAAUCAGAAAAAGUUGCGGAAGUCCAGGAAGAAAUCUUCUCGAAAAAUACGACAGGAAGGAAGAGUAAGUAACGUCAUUUUGGAAGAGGACGAAUUCGAAGAAGAUGAGGAAGAAUACUGACUGUUACCUCGGGCUCACUCCUUAUCGAGAGAGUGACCCCGAAAGAAGUUCCACUAAUUUCGAAAGUAUUAACAACAAAUUUUUUUGGAUUUUCCCUUUUUAUCUAAAUAAUAAUUGGCUCGCAAAUAGCGACAGCUUCCUGUAGUCUGACUCAUAUUUAAAAAAAAAGAUCGUAUGGCUUCCUCGUGGCUUUUUCGUACACUGCUGACAAUCAGUAUUUAUUUUUAUCUAAUUUUUAAAAAUCCGUUACAAAAGAACCAGGAAAUUUACGCAAUUUUUGAAAUACAAUUAAAUAAUAUACUUUUUCUAAUAUUUGCAUAAAAAAAUACGAUCAAUUUUUGCUGAUAAUAAAGAAGUUUUGAAUAAUGUUAAUUAUUAAUAAUUUAAAUUCAAUAAUGAAAUAUUGAAAUUAAUUAAAAUUAUUUCAUCUAAUUGAAUAAAUUUUUUUUUUUAAUCAAUCUUAAAUAAUUAAAUUUAAUAGAAUUUUUGCACAUCUCAAUAAAAAAAAAAUUUUGAAUUACCAUAGAAACUUUUUCUCAGUACUGCAUGAAUUAUAGAAAAUAAUAAUUCAAUCUAAUUAGCAGAAUAGAAUCUUUUUUCUUUGCAUGCUCAAUUAGUUCGAUACUUCCCAAUUUCUCUAGACAUUUUUUCAAACUCUCGAAAUUUAAUUAAUAUUUUAAAUUAAAAAAGAAAAGGCUAGAAACUUCUCUCUUAUCAGACUCGAAUAUAAUAUAUAAACACGCCUACAAAUUUCAAAGAAAGUGUAAGAUUUAAGAUAAUUUUUUCCAACAUUUCCAUUACAUAGUUUUUUUUAAACUUAAAUAAAAUAUACUUUUCGCGAAUUUCGAAGAAAAAAAUUUAUUAUUUCGAAAUUAAAAAAAAAAAAAUAGUAAUGGAAAAUAUUUGGAAAAGAAAAACUUAAUCAAAUCGAUUGUACAUAAAAAAAACACAUUUUGUACGAUAUGGAAAAUUCAUUAACGGAUUAAAAUAAUAUGACUCGAGUCUUUGUACUAACAGACUCAAUCAUCUAUCAGUAUUUCGAAAAAAGUACCCGUAAUUUGUAAAUUUACAAUACAAUAAUUUUUUUGUGCACUUUUCUAUGAAAAGUCGAAUGUAAUAUUAAGAGAAAAAAAAAAUUCAAUAAUUUUACGCUACAGCAUCCGUUGUUAUAAUAAUUACCAAAACAAAAAAACUACUAGGAUUAAUUAUAUAGAAUUAAGUCGUAAUUUUCGAUUCGUAAAAAUUUAUAUAGUAAAAAUAUUUGCAUCUUUCAUCGCAAGUUUUUUUUUUCUAUAUUUUCUCUCAUUACAAGCAUCGUUUUUGCUUUAAUGAAUUUUUCGAAAUCAAGUGCCCUGAUUAUCAUAAUAAUAAUAAUAAUAAUAAUAAUAAUAAAUACUUUUCCUCGUCGAGCCUGAGAGAGACGAGGGUUUUUUUUUUUAUAACUUAAGAAAAUAUUAUUAUAGGAUAUAAUUAUAAUGUAGGCAUAAACUCUGCCUGUGAAUAUUAUAAGCAUUAUUGAGAUUGAUAUAUUAUAUAUAAUAUACAUAUGUAUAUGAAAUUGUUACGAUUUUUGUACUUGGGUGCUGUGGCACCGUGGUUAUCUACAGUACAUUUAUUAUAGAGAAUACCACGAUAAAUAGGUAAUUAAAUUUAAGUUCAUUCUUCGAUGGGUUUUAUCGCGUGAUUUUCCUUUUUUCAAAACUACCAAUGAUUUAGAAAAUUAUUAUAUUUUUGUUAUAAGAAAAAAAAUAACAAAAAUUAAAUAAAAAUUAAAUAAAAUUCUAAAAACGAUUUUUUAAACAAGAUAGAAACAAAAAUUGUUUUUUCAAAUAAGAAAAAUAUGAAAAAAAAAAUAUAUUUUGUCAUCAGCUUUAUUAUAAUUAGAAUUUAAAAAAUUAAAUCUGAAAUGGAAAUAAAAAUAUGAAAUUAAAAAUAUAAAACAAAAUCAAGAUCAAUUUGGUCGUUUUGAGAGUCGGAAAUAUUACGUCGCAGCCCAAUACAUCUAGAAUGGUUGUGAAUCCUUACUCGGCCUUACUCUAGGAGUCUGCGAUCGAAGGAGAAAAGGAUUCUCAAAAAAGAAAAAAAAAACGAGAUACUUUUCUGAUUUUCAGACUCCGCGUUUUGGCACUCAUUCCCUUUAAAGGCUUGCUAAAUAACAGUUUCUUUAAGAAAAAAAAACGCCUUAACAAAUAGUGUUUUUAUCGCAUUUUCAUAUUCCUGUUUAGAAUUUUCUUUUCUUUUUUCCACAAUAACCGAAAAUGGCCGCUAUCUUGUUUUUCGUUCCAAAAACACAUUUUUGCUCAAAAAAAAAAUUUUUUUUUGCUUAAUAUUAAUUUUUUUCCACAAAAAUCGUGAUUUUAAUUAAUUAAUUUUUAUGUUUUUUUUUUAAAUUAAAAUUGUAAAUUUUGUCAACAAUGCAAAAUCAGAGUUCAAAGACACAAUCAUAAAUGAUUUCAGUGCCAAGAUAAAAUAUUUUUUUCCAUUAUAAAUUUUUCUGAUGAAAAAAAAAAUAUAGCAGGCCAAUUUCGUGAGCGCAAAUUUUAUAAAUAUAUACAUAAUGCGCGAUAAAAAAAAAUGUAGAAUUUUAAUUUCCGUUAUAAUUAAAAUGCUUUGUUCAUGCGGACAACACACACACAAACACAAUUUUUGGAAUGAACUGUGAAUCAAGCGAACAAUAUGUGAAUGAUUAUAAGCUAUACUUAUAUAAUUAUAAAACAAAAAUUUGAUAGACGCAGACAAUUAAUAUUUCAAGUCGAAGAUAUAAUACUAUAAUAUAAAUAUUAAAAAAAAAAAUACAAAAACAAUUUUCAAAUUUUUCGAUUCUCUCAAGACUCUUGCAAGGUUUUGCAAAACGCGUUAAUAAAAAUAACGAAAAAGAAAAAAAAUUAACGAUAAAAUUAAGCAAAAAAAAAAAAAAAAAUUAAAUCCACGCGAGCGCUUUCGUUUUAUUUAUUGUACAGUUCAGCAAACAAUUUAAAUCGAAUAUUGAAGAGAAAAAAGAAAAAUGUUCAUCACACUGCUUCGUACGUACAAUUUAAACCCAUCUCUCGAUAAUGAAAAAAAAAACCGUAUGUACGAAAACUUUAAAUGUCUUUUAUCAACGUCCUUAUAAUAAUAUAUUGUAAAUAAACGCAUUGUCGAUAUUAUUUAAAAAAAUAUAACAAAUUUUUUCUGUUAAAUCGUAAA